AUGGCUUCCCCAAAUGCGAGGACUCUCUUCCAUCUAGUGCCUAGAAACUCCGUUGCCAAAGAUGCGCUGUCCUUGCCUGAAAAUCGCCGCUUCGUCUCCACUAGCGCUCUCCAAGAACCCGGCCUGGAGGUCGGAUUUCAUGUCGCGUCUACAGGGGGCUUCGUGAUCGCCAGGCUCGGCCGGAAAGGAGAUCUGGUGCUCAAUCGAAAUACCAGUUCAGAGCCCAUGUGCAGAGAACACGUCGCGUUUGAAUACCAAGACACCACCAAGCUCAUACAUUUGGUCGUCAGGUCGAAAAAGCAAGAGUCCACCGUCGCUGUUGGGCUUCUUGUCGAUUCCAGACUCCGACCUCAACGUGGCACACUCUUGGAGAGUGACGAUGUCAAUAAAGUAGUUGACGGAGAGGUCGUUAUGCUCUACGGGCAAAACUACAACAUCCAAAUCUCAUCGUACCGAUUCGACCUAGUCUGGACAGUCUCUUCCUCGCGCGAUCCACCACAUGUCAACAACGAACGCCUCAAGGAACUCGCUUGGGCUUGCUUCCGACAAUCCAUGUCUAUGUUGAAGGGCUUGGGAUCUCGCGACUUGCCUACUGGCUUCGAGCGAUCAGAGCAGGUUUCACACAGGAUCACCAGGCCACGAACAGCGAAGCAGGCACUUUUUCGAGAAAACAAGGCACUUCGUCAAUUUAUAGGAAGAGGCACCUUCGGCACCGUGUACAGGAGCGUUGAUGCAGAGACCUCUGCUCCGCUUGCCAUAAAGGUGGUCCAUCUAGGCAAUUAUCCCAAAGACAAGGAAGACGGGGCUCGGGCUCUUUUCCACCGAGAGCUCAAAACUAUGCAGAGUCUCAAUCACGUGAAUAUCAUCGAGAUUCUGGGCUACGACAAAGUCGAUACUCUCGAGCCUGAGAUGAUUAUGCCCUAUCGAUCUGGCUCGUUAAGCACUUUCGUCGGCCUCAAGAUGCCGGAAGCACAAUACGAACAAGCAUGUCGGGACAUUUUAGAGCAAAUGCUCUGCGCUCUGGAUUACCUUGUCAACUUUGGUGUAGUACACCGUGACCUGAAGCCAGAAAACAUCCUGUACGAUCCCGGCAUCUCACCAGGUAGCUACAUUUUCCAAUUGGCCGACUUUGGGCUCGCAAAUCACUAA